AUGGCAGGGACCAAGGCCUGGAUAUUCUCCUUCCUGCUCCUGGAAAUCACCUCCGUGCUGGGGAGGCAGAUGAUGCUCACCCAGUCUGUGAGAAGAGUCCAGCCUGGGAAGAGGACACCCAGUGUCUUGGCCAAGCCUGCUAACCCUCCAGACAGUGAUGGCGAGUGGACCACAUGGUUCAACAUUGAUCAUCCAGGUGGGCUGGGCGACUAUGAGCGGCUAGAUGCCAUUCGUUUCUACUACGGUGAUCGUGUGUGUGCCCGUCCCUUGAGGCUAGAGGCUCGGACCACUGACUGGAUGCCCGCGGGCAGCAAUGGCCAGGUGGUCCAUGGCAGCCCCCACGAAGGCUUUUGGUGCCUGAACAAGGAACAGCGGCAGGGCCGUAACUGCUCCAAUUACACUGUGCGCUUCCUCUGCCCACCAGGGUCCCUGCGCCGGGACUCAGAGAGCAUCUGGAGCUCCUGGUCUGCCUGGAGCAAGUGCUCAGCUGCUUGUGGCCAGACUGGCGUGCAGACCCGCACACGCGCCUGCUUGGCAGAGACAAUGUCACUGUGCACCGAGGCCACUGAGGAAGGCCGGCUCUGUGUGUCCCAGGCUUGUACAGCAUGUGACCUGACCUGCUCCAUGGGGAAAGUGAAUGCUGACUGCGAUGCCUGCAUGUGCCAGGACUUCACACUUCAUGGAGUUGUCUCCCUCCCUGGCGGUGCCCCAGCCCCAGGGGCUACCGUCUACCUACUGACCAAGAAGCCUAAGUUGCUGACUCAGACCGACAGCAAUGGGAGGUUUCGUGUCCCUGGUUUGUGCCCUGAUGGUCAAAGUGUCUUGAAGAUUACAAAGACCAAGUUUGCUCCCAUUAUGCUCACAAUGCCUAAGACUAGACUGAAAGCAGCUACCGUCAAUGCUGAGUUCGUGAGAGCAGAGACUCCAUACAUGGUGACAAGUCCCCAGACAAAAGCACGGAGAGCUGGCCAGAGUGUGUCCUUGUGCUGUAAGGCCACGGGGAAGCCCAAUCCAGAGAAGUAUUUCUGGUACCACAACAACACUUUGCUGGAUCCCUCCCUCUACAAGCAUGAGAGUAAGCUGGUGAUGAGGAACCUGCAGCAGGACCAGGCUGGGGAGUACUUCUGUAAGGCUCAGAGCGAUGCUGGGGCUGUGAAAUCCCGGGUUGCCCAGCUGAUGGUCAUAGCGCCUGAUGCGGCUCCUUGCAACCCAGUCCCUGAGAGCUAUCUAAUCAGGCUGCCCCAUGACUGCUUCCAGAAUGCCACCAACUCCUUCUACUAUGACGUGGGCCGCUGCCCAGUCAAGACCUGUGCCGGACAGCAGGAUCACGGCCUCAGGUGCCAGGAUGCUGUGGAGAACUGCUGUGGCAUUUCCAAGACUGAGGAGAGGGAAAUCCAAUGCAAUGGGUACACGCUGCCCACCAAGGUGGCUGCGGAGUGCAGCUGCCAGCGAUGCACGGAGACAAGGAGCAUUGUGCGGGGCCGCGUCAGUGCAGCGGACACCGGGGAGCCCAUGCGCUUUGGCCAUGUAUACCUGGGGGGCCACCGUGUAAGCAUGACUGGCUACAAGGGCACUUUCACACUGCACGUACCUCAGGAUACAGAGAGGCUGGUACUCACGUUUGUGGACCGACUGCAGAAGUUUGUCAACACCACCAAAGUGUUGCCCUUUAACAGGAAGGGGAGUGCUGUGUUCCAUGAGAUUAAGAUGCUUCGCCAGAAAGAGCCCAUCAUCCUGGAAGCCACGGAGACCAACGUCAUCCCCCUGGGGGAAGUGGAUGGCGAAGAUCCCAUGGCCGAAUUGGAGAUCCCAUCCAACAGCUUCUUCCAGCAGAACGGGGAGCCCUAUGCUGGUAAAGUGAAGGCCAGUGUUACCUUCCUGGAUCCACGUGAUGUUUCCACAGCCACAGCCGCUCAGAGUGACCUGAACUUUGUCAAUGAUGAGGGAGAUACCUUGCCCCUUCGGACAUACGGUAUGUUCUCAGUGGACUUCACAGAGGAGGCCACGGCAAAGCCACUUAAUGCUGGCAAGGUGAAAGUCCGACUUGACUCGACCCAGGUCAAGAUGCCAGAGCAUCUGUCUGCCAUGAAACUCUGGUCACUCAACCCUGACACGGGGCUAUGGGAGGAGGAAGGUGAUUUCCUGUUGGAGAGCCCAGGGAGGAACAAAAGGGAGCAGAGAACGUUCUUGGUGGGUAACCUGGAGAUCCGGGAGAGGAGGCUGUUUAACCUGGAUGUCCCUGAAAGCCGGAGGUGCUUUGUUAAGGUGAGGGCCUAUCGGAGUGAGAGGUUCCUGCCCAGCGAGCAGAUCCAGGGGGUCGUGGUCUCUGUGAUCAACCUGGAGCCAAGAACUGGCUUCUCAUCCAACCCUAGGGCUUGGGGCCGCUUCGACAGUGUCAUUACAGGCCCCAAUGGAGCCUGCCUGCCUGCCUUCUGUGACGACCAGUCCCCUGAUGCCUAUUCCGCCUACGUCUUGGCCAGUCUGGCUGGGGAGGAAUUGGAAGCAGUAGAGUCCUUUCCCAAAUUUAAUCCAAAUGCAAUUGGCGUGCCCCAGCCCUACCUCAACAAGCUCAAGUAUCGUCGGACAGACCACGAGGACCCACGCGUUAAAAAGACAGCGUUCCAGAUCAGCAUGGCCAAGCCAAGGCCCAACUCAGCUGAGGAGAGCAAUGGGCCCAUCUAUGCCUUUGAGAAUCUUAGGGCCUGUGAGGAGGCACCUCCCAGUGCAGCCCACUUCCGGUUCUACCAGGUUGAGGGAGAUCGGUAUGACUACAACACGGUCCCCUUCAAUGAAGAUGACCCCAUGGGUUGGACUGAAGAUUACUUAGCGUGGUGGCCCAAGCCAAUGGAGUUCAGGGCCUGCUACAUUAAGGUGAAGAUUGUGGGACCGCUGGAGGUGAAUGUGCGAUCUCGCAACAUGGGGGGUACCCACAGACAGACAGUGGGGAAGCUGUACGGGAUCCGAGAUGUGAAGAGCACUCGAGAUAGGGACCAGCCUAAUGUCUCAUCAGCAUGUCUGGAGUUCAAGUGCAGUGGGAUGCUCUACGACCAGGACCGCGUGGACCGCACCCUGGUCAAAGUCAUCCCCCAGGGCAGCUGCCAGCGAGUCAGCGUGAACUCCAUGCUGCACGAGUACCUGGUCAACCACCUACCCUUGGCGGUCAACAACGACAGCAGCGAGUACACUAUGCUGGCACCCCUGGACCCGCUAGGCCACAAUUAUGGUAUCUACACAGUCACUGACCAGGAUCCCCGCACAGCCAAGGAGAUAGCGCUUGGCAGGUGCUUUGAUGGCACGUCUGACGGCUCUUCCAGAAUCAUGAAGAGCAAUGUGGGCGUGGCGCUCACCUUUAACUGUGUGGAGAGGCAGGUGGGCCGUCAGAGUGCUUUCCAGUACCUCCAGAGCACCCCAGCCAGGACCCCUGCUGCAGGCACUGGCCGAGGAAGAGUGUCCUUGAGGAGGCAGCAGCGGGCCAGGAGGGGUGGCCAGCGCCAGCCUGAGGGAGCAGCCCCCUGGAGGUUCUCUGGGGCUGCUCAGCAACCCCUGAGCAACUAA